UGCGCCAGAAUUACAAUUCUUUUAAAUAUUUUGUCAACAAAGUUAAUUUGAAGGUAGUUUUAAAAGAAAAUCAUUAUCUUUCAUGGCACAGCAACAAUUUUCAUUAAUUACCAUGCAAAGUUAUUUAUAUGAAAACUUUAAAUGGAUGAUGCUGAGUAAACGGUUGUUUUAAAGAUGAAUGGAGGUUAGGAAUGCGGGCAAUAGCCCAGAUAAAUACUGGAGGGCAAAAUGAGAUGAUGCUCUUGAAGAAAUGGCAGAAUUCUUGCCAUUAUGUGAUUUACUAUUUAAUGUAGUCUCCCUCGCAGCUUACUUUUGUGAUCUGGUCUUCGAUAUCCUAGUAGUGUAUGCCCUUUAUGAAAGGGGCUCAAAAAUUUUAUUUGUCCAGUGUUUGGGUGCCAUUGUAAUAACGACUUUGGUAUCUCAGAUAUUGUCACUUCACUGGUAUUUAAAAAAGAAACCAAACGGAUGGCAACGUGUGCUUGUGGUGGGGCUUCAUGUCGUCCAACUUGGAGUGCUCUGGCGUUAUGCACGUCUUCUUGUACCUGUCCAGUUAUCUAGUGUUAAGCGUGAAGUUAGGGAUCUGUGUAUAUUACGAUUAGUACAUGGCUUUUUACAAGCCGCACCUAUGCUGCUGCUUCAGUUAAGUCUGUUACCAGGUAAGCCACAGGGCCCUCCCUCCGAUCUAGUGACCGUUUCCGCAGCUCUUUCGUUAUUCUCGGUGUGUUGGGCACUAGCCUCGUUUAGCAAACAUGUACAAAGUGUGGAUAGACUUGUUUUAACCUGGCUGGGAGUUGUCUCCCAGUUGUUGUGGCGGGCUGGGACGGUGACGGCCAGAGCUUUGGCUCUAUCGGCUUACGCGGCUAGUUACCACUCGUGGGUGUUUUUAGUAUUGGCACUGCACUGGACCUGUAUGUUUUUAUGGCUGCUCUCCCCCCGAAGUCCUUUCCACGGGCAAAGAGGCAGUAAAUUGGGGGUGUGUGCCUUAAUUGCAGCGAUAUACAUACUGGCCUAUAUUAAUUUACAAGAGAGACCUCAUGGAAGAACUAUGAUAAUAUUUUACAUCGUAAUGUUACUAGAAAACUGUCUUUUAGUAGGCGCAUGGGUUGCUGCUGUGUGGCCGGUUAGACCAAAUCACUGGGAGUUAGUUCCUAUUUUAACUGUUACGCUAUUCUCUGCCGGCAUAAUAUUUAUGCUUUUGUACUAUAAAUUCUUCCACGUGAAACGCUUAUUGAAAAAGCCUGCCGCGCCGCCUGGUGUGUUCAACUGCCGAUUCAGCACCCCCUCUGCGGCAGCCCUGUAUAGAAAGAAGAAAAAGCCGACCAGUUUUGUGCCACCUCCUGGUUUAGGGCCAGUUGCCAUGCCGUUCUGGCGACGUCCUUUGCCUUCAUCUAGUGAAAACGAAGGGAGUAGUGUUGGGUCACGGGUCAACAUUCAUCAAAAACUGCAAGAAAAGAAACAGAAACAGUUGGCCGAACUGAAAAUAAUCGAAGAAGAAAUCAAGCAGGGGAAACUCGUAGGGCCGGAAAGUGCGGAUUUCGAUGACCGGCAGCCUAUUCCCAGGGCCAAGCGUCACGUGGAACCUCAGUUACUAAGUCUUGCCUCUUUAAACAAUUUAGCUAGUUAUGGAGUCAACUUAAACAGAAGACCUCCUCCUAGAGCUCCGAGGAGUCGUACUCCAGAGUUGUUACUAACCCCAAGGUAUUUAUAUUGUGAUUGUAUAGUUCUCGAACCAGAAACUGUAGAAAUUCCAGUGCCACACGGAUCGUCCGAUAUCGAAAGCCAAGUCUCACUACCUCGCUCCUAUACUCUCCCGAGAGAAUUUAAAUAUUAUAGGAGGCAGAGGGCUGGCAGGCCCACUCAAGCUGUCGCUUCAACUAACAGUAGUGACGGUGACGUGGACAGCGCGGACGAUGAAUCUGACUGUAAUCCUCCUCCUCCCGCCAUAGUUAGGCAACUGAGGAGGCCCUUUAGACACGAAACUAAAUUGUGAUCUAAGAUUUCCGUCCAAAUCACGUGUUAGUUUUUAUAGAAACUAGUUUAUAGACUUUUGA